AUGGGCUCGCAGGCGCUGCAGAUCCUGCGGCAGGGCGUGUGGGCCUCGCUGACGGGCGGCUGGUUCCUGGACCCGCACCAGAGCGCCUUCGCCAACUGCUUCCACCUCUACGCGUGGCUCUUCCUGCUCGCCUGCCCGCUCCUGCUCUACACGGUGCUGCCCCCCAGCAUGCUGGUGGCCGGCGUCUACUGCGCCGUGGUGGCCGCCUUCUUCGCCGCCGUGAAGACCGUCAACUACCGGCUGCACGCCAUGUUCGACCGGGGCGAGGUGCUGGAGCCGGGCGCUGCCACGCUGCUCGAGGGCGCCCGCGCCGAGGAGGGCGACGCCGGCCCGGCCCCGCCGGGGGGGGCCGUGGAGAUGACGGUUUUCCGGCGGGCCGGCGCGACGCCGCCCGUGCGCUGCAGCUCCCAGCACUCCGUGUUCGGCUUCAACCAGGUCACGGAGCUGCUGCCCCACCUGGAAGACGCCGGAGCUGCAAGAGACAUCCGGGAGCUGGUGCGCGAGCAGGGCAGCAACAACGUCAUCGUCACCGCGGCCGACCGGGAGCGCCUGCGGCAGAGCCCCCCCGAGAGCGGCGCUGGAGCCGCGGAGCCGGCGGGCGACGGCGGGGCGGCGGCGGCACCCCCCAGCCCCCCCGGGCUGAGCCGCAGCGUCCUCAGCCUGGCGCUGCCGGGGGCCGAGGGCCGCCCCGAGCCCCCCCCGGCGCGGGGGGGGCCGGCGCCCGCCCGCGGGGGCUCCUCCGACAGCUGCUUCAGCGGCGGCACCGACAAGGAGACGCCGAGCACCCGCAGCAGCUACCGCAGCGAGCAGACGGCCUCCACCCGCCUCGACAGCCCCUCGCUGGGCCCCGGCGCCGCCCCGGGGGGCGGCAGCGACACCGACCCCCCCUCGGAGGCCGAGCUGCCGCCCCCCGCCGCCCCCCGCGCCGUGCGGCCCAAGGAGCCGCCGGGCGCCCGGGCGCUGCUGGAGGCCGAGAGCUUCGACGAGGAGGACUCGAGCGACGGCAGCGAGCUCAGCCCGGCCUCCAGCCUGCGCCGCUACAGCUCCGACACCUCCUCCAGCGUCUCCGGCUACUCGCCCCAGGCCGAGGCCGGCGCAAGCGGCGGCCCCCCCCCUGCCGCCACCGCCGCCGCCGAGGGGCCCCCCCGGCCCCGCUACGCCCGCCGGGCCCCCGGCAGCGCCAAGACCCACGCCCGGGUGCUCAGCAUGGACGGCGCCGCCCGCCCCGGGCUGCCCCUCGCCAAGGCCGACCUGGAGGCCCGGGGCGAGGGGGCCGGGGAGGCCCCCAGCUCGGCCCCGCCGCCGCCCCCCGAGGCCGACGGCAACCGGCCGGGCUGGCGCGGGGAGCCGCCGGGCGAGGGGGCCGGCGGAGCAGCGGCCCCGGGGCCGGCAGCGGGCGCCCGGCGGGACGGGGCGAAGCCCGGCCAGGCCAUGCGGCGCCGGCACAACGCGGGCUCCAACCCCACGCCGCCCUCCUCGGCCAUGGGCUCGCCGCCCAGCCCGCUCUGUCCCCGCAGCCUGCAGGACCUGCCGCGGGGCCGGCCGGCCGGGCCGGGCCGGGCGCUGACGCUGCCCUCGGCCCUGCAGUUCGCCAGCUCCCUGCUGCUGCCCCGCGGCCCCGUGCACGAGGCCUGCGACUUCGACGACACCUCCGAGGGCGCCGUGCACUACUUCUACGACGAGAGCGGCGUCCGGCGCUCCUACACCUUCGGGCUGGCCGGCGGCGGCUACGAGAACCCCGUGGGGCAGCAAGGCGGGGAGCCCGCGGGCGGCAGCGGCUGGGACCGGCACUCGCACUCCUCCAGCUUCACGUCGGCGGAGGCGCCCGAGGGGCCGGCGGGGCUGGGGCUGCUGCCGCCGCGGCCCGUGGUGCUGCAGGGCAUGCAGGUGCGCCGCGUGCCGCUGGAGCUGCCCGAGUUCGACCUGCUGGACCAGGAGUCGGUGCCCGAGUCGCAGGAGAACACGCUGAUGAUGGAGCGCAAGGCCAAGCCCCGGCAGUACUACAAGUACUGGGUGCUGCCGGGGCGCUGGGUGCGCGUCCGCUACGACCGCCUGGCCCUGCUGGCCCUGCUCGACCGGAACCGGCAGGUGACGGAGAACGUCUUCGUGGUGGCCUUGGUGGCCCUGGUGGCCUUCCUGGGCUACCUGCUGCUGCUGCAGGGCUUCUUCCGCGACAUCUGGGUCUUCCAGUUCUGCCUCGUCAUCGCCAGCUGCCAGUACUCGCUGCUCAAGAGCGUGCAGCCGGACGCCGCCUCGCCCAUGCACGGCCACAACCGGCUCAUCGCCUACAGCCGCCCGGUGUACUUCUGCGUGGCCUGCACCCUCAUCUGGGGGCUGGACGCCUGCGCCCGCGCCCCCCCCGCGCCCCCCACCCCCUUCUACGGCCUCACCCUCUUCUCCGCCGACUUCUUCCGCGGCGCCUGCGAUGCCGCCAUCGUGUUCACCCUCUGCUUCCCCCUGGUUUUCCUGCUGGGGCUGCUCCCGCAAGUCAACACCUGCCUCAUGUACCUGCUGGAACAGGUCGACAUGCACCUCUUCGGCGGCACAGCCGCCACCAGCCCCCUGACGGCUCUGUACGGCUUCGCCCGCAGCGUGCUGGUGGCUGCCGCUCUCUACGGCUUCUGCCUCGGGGCCAUCAAGGCGCCCUGGGGGGACCAGCACGUCCCCGUGCUCUUCUCCGUCUUCUGCGGCUUCCUCGUCGCCUCCUCGUAUCACCUGAGCCGCCAGAGCAGCGACCCCACCGUGCUCUGGUCCCUCAUCCGGACCAAGUUCUUCCCCGAAUUUGAGAGCCGGAGCCCCGAGACGCCGCCGGCGGAGAUCCCCGACCCGCUGCCCGAGAAGCUCCGCGGCUCGCUGCGGGACGUCCUGCACUCGGACCUGGUGAUGUGCUCGGUGGUGGCGGUGCUGACCUUCGCCGUCAGCGCCAGCACCGUCUUCAUCGCCCUCAAGUCCGUCCUGGGCUACGUGCUGUGCGGCCUGGCCGCGCUGCUCGGCUUCGUCACGCACUACCUGCUGCCGCAGCUCCGCAAGCAGCUGCCCUGGGUCUGCCUCUCGGGGCCCGUGCUCAAGCCGCGCGAGUACAGCCAGUUCGAAGUGCGCGACGCGGCGCAGCUGAUGUGGUUCGAGAAGGCCUACGCCUGGCUGCAGUGCCUGGAGAAGUACGGGGUGCACCCGGCCGUGGUGCUCUACGCCCUCACCGUGGACGCCCACGCCGUCAGCGCCCGCCCCGAGCACUUCUGCCUCUACGCCCGCGCGCUGCUGCUGACGGCGGCGGGGCUGCGGCUCCUGCGCGGGGCCUUCUGCUGCCCCCCGCAGCAGUCGCUGGCGCUGGCCUUCACCGCCCUGCUCUUCCGCUGCGACUUCCCCCGCCACUCCCAGGGCUUCCUGCUCGACUACUUCCUCGUCUCCAUCCUCGCCAGCAAGCUCUGGGACCUGCUGUACAAGCUGCGCUUCGUCCUCACCUACAUCGCGCCCUGGCAGAUCACCUGGGGCUCGGCCUUCCACGCCUUCGCCCAGCCCUUCGCCGUGCCCCACUCGGCGAUGCUGCUGCUCCAGGCCGGGCUCUCGGCGCUGCUCUCCACCCCGCUGACCCCGCUGCUGGGCAGCGCCGUCUUCCUCAUGUCCUACGCUCGCCCCGUCAAGUUCUGGGAGCGCGACUACAACACCAGGAGGGUCGAUCACUCCAACACCCGCCUGGCCACCCAGCUCGACCGCAACCCCGGUGCGGACGACAACAACCUCAACUCCAUCUUCUACGAGCACCUGACGCGGUCGCUGCAGCAGUCGCUCUGCGGCGACCUGCAGCUGGGGCGCUGGGGCACCUUCGGCGCCGGCGACUGCUUCGUCCUCGCCUCCGACUACCUCAACGCGCUCGUGCACCUCGUGGAGAUCGGCAACGGCCUCGUCACCUUCCAGCUCCGCGGCCUCGAGUUCCGGGGCACCUACUGCCAGCAGCGGGAGGUGGAGGCCAUCACGGAGGGGGUGGACGAGGACGAGGGCUGCUGCUGCUGCGAGCCGGGCCACCUGCCCCACGUGCUGUCCUUCAACGCCGCCUUCGGGCAGCGCUGGCUCGCCUGGGAGGUGGCGGCCACCAAGUACGUGCUGGAGGGCUACAGCAUCAGCGACAACAACGCCGCCUCCAUGCUGCAGGUCUUCGACCUCCGCAAGAUCCUCAUCACCUACUACGUCAAGAGCAUCAUCUACUACGUGACGCGGUCGCCGAAGCUGGAGGAGUGGCUGGCGCACGAGGGGGUGCGCGAGGGGCUGCGGCCCUGCACGGCGCCCGGCUACGCCGACACCGACCCCACCUUCAACCUCAACAUCGACGAGGACUUCGACGCCCGCCUGGGCGGGCUCAGCCUCCCGGCCUUCCGGCAGGCCUACCUGGGCUGGAUCCAGCACUGCGCCGGGCGCCGGGCCCAGCCCGUGGACAAGGACUGGGACUCGCCCCUCGUCACGCUCUGCUUCGGGCUCUGCGCGCUCGGCCGCCGGGCGCUGGGCACCGCCUCGCACAGCAUGUCGGCCAGCCUGGAGCCCUUCCUCUACGGGCUGCACGCCCUCUUCAAGGGCGACUUCCGCAUCACGUCGCCCCGCGACGAGUGGGUCUUCGCCGACAUGGACCUGCUGCACCGCGUGGUGGCCCCCGGCGUGCGCAUGGCCCUCAAGCUGCACCAGGACCACUUCACGUCGGCGGACGAGUUCGAGGACGCGGCGGCGCUGUACGAGGCGGUGGCGGCGCUCGAGGGCCGCGUGGUGAUCGCGCACGAGGGCGACCCGGCCUGGCGCGGCGCCGUCCUGGCCAACGCGCCGGCGCUGCUGGCCCUGCGGCACGUCCUGGACGAGGCCAGCGACGAGUACAAGGUGGUGAUGCUCAACCGCCGCCACCUCGGCUUCCGCGUCAUCAAGGUGAACCGGGAGUGCGUGCGGGGGCUCUGGGCCGGGCAGCAGCAGGAGCUCGUCUUCCUGCGCAACCGCAACCCGGAGCGGGGCAGCAUCCAGAACGCGAAGCAGGCGCUGCGCAACAUCAUCAACUCGUCGUGCGACCAGCCGCUCGGCUACCCCAUCUACGUCUCGCCCCUCACCACCUCCUUCGCCGGCUCCCACCCGCAGCUGCGGGCCCUCUGGGGCGGCCCGCUCAGCGCCCGCGCCAUCGCCGCCUGGCUCGCCGCCACCUGGGCACGGUGAGCCCCAAAACCCGCCGAAACCGCCCCAAAAACACCCCCGAGACCGCCCGCGAAACUGCCCCGAAACCGCCCCGAAACCGCCCCCAAAU